GUCAGUGGUCACUGGUUGCAGUCAGAGCAGUUGACCAACUCCAUUAAUCUUUUCCAGCCGUUCCAUAACCAAUAUUCCUCUUUCUCUCCCCUCCAUUUCUGCACCAUCGAGAGAAAUCGAAGGCGGCAGAGGGAGAGAGAUAGGCCAAGAAGAUGGGGAAGAAGAGAGUAAUGUUGCCGGCGAAGGAGGUCGACAUCGCAAUCGUUAAGUACCAACCAAUAAACAUCUCAGCUCCGCACUUGACGGGUCUUGCGCUGAAGCUUUUCGUGUGGCUACUUGAGGUUCCACUGAUUGGAUCGAUCAUCGUAUCAGUUAUGAAGAAACGGAACAAUUACACGCAGUUAUUGAGGAAUACGGAGAUUCCGGAAAAUCCCAUGUUUCGGCCGGAGUUCCAACCGCAAGCACCAGAAAUUGGCGUAGCUGUCUUGGAUGAAAAUGAAAAGCCUGUUUUUCGGGUUGAAAAAGCCUUGGGGUGUCUGUGCUCUUAUGAUCCUAGUCAAAGGUGUCAUGAGGACUCGCGACCAUUUUUGUAUUGGACAAUUCGUGACUUUGCAUAUUCUUAUAGAAAUAAGCUUGCAACUCCAUCAUCUGUUGCAGAGCAUGUAAUUGCCAUAGCUGAAGAAUAUAACAAUAAGAAACCUCCCAUGCCAUUGUUGGUUUUUUUUAGUGCAGAGGAAGUAAGAAAGCAAGCUGCAGCCUCUACCCAAAGAUUUGAAGAAGGAAAACCUUUAUCUAUCCUUGAUGGCAUAUUUGUCGCGAUAAAAGAUGAUAUAGAUUGCUAUCCUUUCCCAUCAAAGAGUGGAACAUCAUGGUUGCAUAAUACAAGGGAGGUGAAAAAGGAUGCAGUAUGUGUUUCCAGAUUGCGUAGUUGUGGUGUCAUUAUAAUAGGAAAGGCAAAUAUGCAUGAGUUGGGUAUGGGAACGACAGGGAAUAAUCCAAUCCACGGGACAACUAGAAAUCCACACUCACUUGACAGGUACACUGGUGGAUCUUCUUCUGGUCCUGCAGCACUAGUCGCCUCUGGUUUAUGCUCAGCUGCACUGGGAACCGAUGGUGGAGGUUCUGUCAGAAUACCGUCUUCACUUUGUGGAAUUGUUGGCUUGAAGACAACAUAUGGGAGGAUCGACAUGAAUGG